GUCUGCUUCUAGCCUCUCGGUCCAUGGCCCAAUGGACCUGAGAAAACAAAAGAUCCGUAUCCACUAACAUUGAGUUGCGACUUGCGCGUUAUUAGUUGAGGUUCCGUAGUCUGGUUUUUCUAAAACAUCCGGCAAAAUGGUCGCCAGCAGGAUGGUCCGCGUUGCUUCAGCCGCUAAUGGAGCUGCUCUAUCAUGUUCUUCUUCUUCUUAUGCAGAAUCUACUCCAAUAGGUAAACUCUCAUCUCUUUUCAAUUCCCGCCAAAGCCCCACUUUUUCUAAGAAUCCCAAAUCUUCAAACCUCAACAAACAAACUUUUGCAAGUCAAGAACCACUUCACAAAUUUCUCAAAUCAGGGGCUAUUACUCUCGAUAAAGCAUUGCAACUUUUUGAUCAGAUGACCCAAAUGAAACCCUCUCCUCCAAUGUCAUCAUUUAAUCUGUUGUUAGGUGCCCUUGUUAAGAUUAAGCAGUAUAAUCAUGUCGUUUUGCUUUGCAAGAGAUUGGAUUCUAUUGGGUUUUCGCCUAAUUUCUUUACCUUGAAUAUUCUGCUUAAUUGUUUAUGUCGUGCGGGUCGAAUUAGUGAUGCUUUCGCUGUUUUCGGUAGGCUUUUGAGGUGGGGUUUUAGACCAGAUACUCUAACUUUUACAUCUCUGAUUAAAGGGCUGAUUGUCGAGGAUAAGGUUGGUGAAGCAACUAGGUUGUUUGGGAAAAUGUUUUUAUUUGGUUGUCAGCCUAGUGUUAUUAGUUAUGGGGCUUUGAUUAAUGGUCUGUGUCGAAUGGGGAAUACGAGUAUUGCUCUUCGGUUAUAUGAGGAAAUGGUUAAUGGAAAUGGGGUGUGUAAGCCUAACGUUAUUAUUUAUGGUAGCAUUAUCGAUGGCCUGUGUAAGGAGGGUAUGGUAGAAAAAGCGAGUCAACUUUUUUCGGAAAUGAAGGGUUGGGGAAUUUUUCCGGAUGUGAUUGUUUAUAGCUCCCUACUUCAUGGUUUUUGUUGCAUAGGUAACUUGGAGAAGGCUAAAAGUCUGUUUCUUGAGAUGUUGGAUCAAGGUGUGCAUCCUAAUGUGAUCACUUUCAAUGUGUUAAUAGAUGCACUCUGCAAGAUGGAGAAGUUGGAAGAAGCGAAUCAGUUGUUGAAUUUAAUGAUUCAGAGAGGAGUAAAUCCUGAUAUAAUAACAUAUAACACAUUGAUGGAUGGGUAUUGCUUGGCUGGUAAGCUUGAUUUUGCAGGGGAUUUGCUUGCUUCCUUGCAAAAUAAGGAUAAUGGACCAGAUGUUGUUAGCUUUAAUAUAAUGAUCAAUGCUUAUUGCAAAAACUGGAAGGUUAAUGAAGCUAUGAGGCUUUACUGGGAAAUGAUCGCGAAAAGGAUUAAGCCAACAGUUAUCACGUAUAACACCUUAUUGACUGGUCUUUUCCAGGCAGGAAAGGCUGUCGAAGCAAGAGAACUGUUUGGUAAGAUGCAGUUCGGUAACAUUGCACCUGAUUCUUGCACGUAUAACAUCUAUGUGGAUGGACUUUGCAAAAACGAUUGUGUCUCAGAGGCACUGGAACUGUUCCAUAACUUAGAAAGUUGCAAGUUUGAAUUUAGCAUUAAGGUGUUCAACUCCCUUAUUUAUGGGCUGUGCAAAACAAGGAAGCUUGAAACAGCUUGGGAGCUAUUUUAUGGAUUGCCAAAUAAAGGCUUGGAACCAACAGUUGUAACUUAUUCUAUAAUGAUCAAUGGGAUGUGUAAGGAAGGGCGACUAGAAAAGGCAAAUGAUUUGUUAAUUGAAAUGGAGGAAAAGGGUUGUGCUCCAAAUGUUGUCACGUUUAACACACUCAUGCAUGGUUUUGCUCAGAAGAAUGAUACCCAAAAAGUAGUGAAACUUCUUCAUAAAAUGGUGGAGAAAAAAUUGUCACCUGAUGCAUCCACUGUUGCCGCAGUUGUAGAUUUACUUUCAAAAGAUGAAGCAUAUCUUGAAACUCUGAAAUUACUUCCUACAUUUCCAGUCCAAGUGCUACCUAAAUAAGGCCAGAGUGAAACUUGUUUGCGAGCUUUGAGUGCCAGUCAAAAUCCUUGACUUGACAGAGCUUCUGCAGAGACUUAACAUAUUGAGGGGAGGUUUCAAAAUGUGUUGGCUUACACACAUGUUACAUCACUUUCAUUUGAGUCGAAGCCCGGAAUUAUUAGCAUUCUCACAUUCUGAUACCAAUUCUUCAAUGUUAAUCUGUUGUAAAGUUUAUGGUUUGAAAUCCUGGGGAAAUUGCAAAGGCAGUACGUAUAAAUGUCAAUAUGGUUUGAAGGAUUAUUUGAAGGAAUAGUUGGUUCUGACAAAGUUAUUACAAGGUAGAAUCAUGUAAUUGUUGGUGGGAAAACAUUCAAUGUCUUAGAAGUUGGGAAUUUGGUUGCUUGAUCACAGUAGAAUAAUGUGUUUGUGGAGUAGUUGCUGGCAAACUCAGCUGAGAAACUAAUAUUUCUUCAUGGCAUUUACAUUAUGUAAGCCUGCAAUCAAAUCUUCUCUUAUCUUGGUUCAAGUUCAGAUUAGAAGAACAAAGCCUUCCACAGUGAAGCUGAGUUGUCCUCCAGAAUAGCCUUCAACCAGAACGUCUGGGAGGCAUGAAUUUUCUUCCUUGGCUUAAUACGUAUUAUAACUAAAUUAUCACUUUGAUA